AUGUCCAGCUUCCUACACAUCGGGGACAUCUGCUCCCUGUAUGCAGAGGGAUCCACCAAUGGCUUCAUCAGCACCCUGGGGUUGGUGGAUGACCGCUGCGUCGUCCAGCCAGACGCCGGAGACCUCAACAACCCUCCGAAGAAGUUCAGAGACUGCCUGUUCAAACUGUGUCCCAUGAACCGCUACUCAGCCCAGAAGCAGUUCUGGAAAGCAGCGAAGCCUGGAGGGAACACGGACGCAGUGCUGCUCAACAAGCUGCACCAUGCAGCUGAUUUGGAGAAGAAGCAAAAUGACUCUGAAAACAAAAAGCUCCUUGGAUCAGUGAUUCAGUACGGGAACGUGAUUCAGCUUCUCCACCUGAAGAGCAACAAAUACUUAACCGUGAACAAACGUUUGCCAGCAUUGUUGGAGAAGAACGCCAUGCGGGUGAUGCUGGACACAGCAGGAAACGAGGGCUCCUGGUUCUACAUCCAGCCCUUCUACAAACUUCGCUCCAUUGGCGACAGUGUGGUUAUUGGGGACAAAGUGGUCCUAAACCCAGUAAAUGCUGGUCAGCCCCUUCACGCUAGCACACACCAACUUGUGGAUAAUCCAGGAUGCAACGAGGUGAAUUCUGUAAACUGCAACACCAGCUGGAAGAUUGUACUAUUCAUGAAAUGGAGUGAUAAUCAGGAGAUUGUCCUAAAAGGGGGUGAUGUGGUGCGCUUAUUUCAUGCUGAGCAGGAGAAAUUCCUCACAUGUGAUGAUCACAGAAAAAAACAGUAUGUUUUUCUACGCACCACCGGGCGGCAGUCAGCUACCUCGGCAACUAGCAGCAAAGCCUUAUGGGAGAUAGAGGUUGUGCAGCACGAUCCAUGUAGAGGGGGGGCUGGCUACUGGAACAGCCUGUUUAGGUUCAAACACUUGGCCACUGGACAUUACCUGGCUGCAGAGGUGAACCCAGACUAUGAGGAGGAGUGCCUUGAUUCUCGUUCUCCACUUGAUUCAGAGCAAGAAGCCUUGCGAGCCCGUUUAAGAAAUAUCCAGGACAAAGUCAUGUACACACUUGUGUCAGUUCCGGAUGGAAAUGACAUUUCUUCCAUAUUCGAGCUAGAUCCCACCACCUUAAGAGGGGGAGACUCACUCGUUCCAAGAAACUCCUAUGUGCGUCUCAGACACCUGUGCACCAACACAUGGGUUCACAGCACCAACCAGCCAAUUGACAAGGAGGAGGAAAAACCUGUCAUGUUACGUAUUGGCACAUCCGCACAAAAAGAGGACAAAGAGGCCUUUGCCAUAGUGCCUGUCUCCCCAGCAGAAGUGAGAGACCUUGACUUUGCAAAUGAUGCCAGUAAAGUGCUGGCCUCUAUUGCUGGGAAGCUGGAAAAAGGCACCAUCACACAGAAUGAGAGGAGAGCGGUUACCAAACUUCUGGAGGAUUUGGUGUUCUUUGUGGUGGACAUUCCCAACAAUGGACAGGAUGUUCUAGAGAUAAUGGUUAACAAACCCAACAGGGAGCGUCAGAAACUCAUGCGAGAACAGAAUAUCCUCAAACAGAUCUUCAAGCUGCUCCAGGCUCCAUUCACCGACAGUGGGGAUGGGCCCAUGCUGCGACUGGAGGAGCUGGCUGACCAGCGUCACGCCCCCUUCAGACACAUCUGCCGCCUGUGUUACAGGGUUCUGCGUCACUCCCAGCAGGAUUACCGCAAGAACCAGGAGUAUAUUGCCAAACAGUUUCGCUUCAUGCAGAAACAGAUUGGCUAUGAUGUACUGGCAGAAGACACGAUCACAGCUCUACUCCAUAACAACCGCAAGCUGUUGGAGAAACACAUUACCGCAGCAGAGAUAGACACGUUUGUGAACUUGGUCCGCAAGAACCGUGAACCCAGGUUCCUGGACUACCUGUCUGACUUGUGUGUGUCAAUGAACAAGUCCAUCCCUGUGACACAGGAGCUCAUCUGUAAUGCGGUGCUUGAUCCAACAAAUGCAGACAUCCUGAUAGAAACAAAACUGGUGCUCUCGAGGUUUGAGAUUGAAGGAGCGCCGCUUGGGGAGAACUCUGUGGAGUCGGAGGAGGAUGAGGAGGAGGUGUGGUUGUUCUGGAAGGACGCUAACAAAGAGAUUCGUAGUAAAAGCAUCAGAGAGUUGGCCCAGGAUGCAAAGGAUGGCCAAAAGGAGGACAUGGAAGUGAUCAGUUAUUACAGGUAUCAGCUGAACCUGUUUGCCAGGAUGUGUUUGGACCGUCAGUAUCUGGCCAUCAACAAGAUCUCUGGCCAGCUGGAUGUGGACCUGAUCUUGCGCUGCAUGUCCGAUGAAGACCUGCCCUAUGACCUGCGUGCCUCUUUCUGUCGAAUGAUGCUGCACAUGCAUGUGGAUCGUGAUCCUCAGGAACAGGUCACACCAGUCAAAUAUGCACGGCUGUGGUCUGAAAUCCCCUCAGAAAUCGCCAUUGAUGACUAUGACAAUGAUGGGACAUCUAAGGAUGAAAUUAAGGAGCGAUUCUCUCAGACUAUGGAGUUUGUUGAAAACUACCUCAGAGAUGUGGUUUGCCAGAGCUUCCCUUUUGCAGACAAAGAGAAGAACAAACUCACCUUUGAGGUGGUCAAUUUGGCCAGGAACCUGAUAUAUUUUGGCUUCUACAACUUUAGUGACCUCCUCCGACUAACCAAGAUCCUGCUGGCUAUUCUAGACUGUGUCCAUGUAAGCACGAUUUUCCCUUUCAGUAAGAUGGACAAAGGGGACGAAAACAAAGGUAGCAAUGUGAUGAGGUCCAUUCAUGGUGUGGGAGAGCUGAUGUCUCAAGUUGUCCUGAGAGGAGGAGGUUUCCUUCCCACAGCAUCGAUCAGCAGCUCCAAUGGAAGCACAGUAAAGGCGCAGAUUGAACCCGAGAAACAGGAUGUACUGGUCAUGGACACCAAACUUAAGAUCAUUGAGAUCCUGCAGUUCAUCUUGAAUGUCCGUCUAGACUACAGGAUCUCCUGUCUGCUGUGUAUCUUUAAGAGGGAAUUUGAUGAAAGUAAUUCCCAGAGUGAAUUAUCUAUAACGGGAGCAGUGGAGGGUCCAAACAAUAUGCCAGGAGCUUUGGACUUUGAGCAGAUAGAAGAGCAGGCUGAGGGCAUCUUUGGGGGAAGUGAAGAGAACACCCCCCUGGAUCUGGAUGAUCACGGCGGUCGAACCUUCUUGAGGGUGCUGCUCCACUUGACCAUGCACGACUAUCCUCCACUGGUGUCCAGAGCACUACACCUGCUUUUCAGGCAUUUCAGCCAGAGACAGGAGGUUCUGCAAGCAUUUAAGCAGGUGCAGUUGCUAGUCACAAGCCAAGAUGUGGAAAAUUACAAGCAGAUAAAGUCAGACCUGGAUCAACUGCGCUCUAUAGUGGAGAAAUCAGAACUCUGGGUGUAUAAAAGGCUGGGGCCAGAUGAGGGCAUGGAUGCAGGAGAGGGGCUCCUAGCUGAGCCAGAACGGAAAAAGGGUGACACAGGAACCACAGACAAACCCAAGAAAGCAGAGAGCACAAGCAGUUACAACUACAGGGUUGUAAAGGAGAUCCUACUGCGCCUCAGCAGGCUAUGUGUCCAAGAAGGCCUGUCAGGAAGGAAAAGCAGGAAGCAGCAGCAGAGGUUGCUGAGGAACAUGGGGGCUCAUGCUGUGGUUCUCGAGCUGCUACAAAUCCCCUAUGAAAAGGGAGAAGACCUGCGCAUGCAGGACAUCAUGAAGCUAGCCCAUCAGUUUCUGCAGAAUUUCUGUGCAGGAAACCAGCAGAAUCAAGCCUUGCUUCACAAGCACAUCAAUCUUUUCUUAAACCCGGGGAUCUUAGAAGCCAUCACCAUGCAGCACAUCUUCAUGAACAACUUCCAGCUGUGCAGUGAGAUCAAUGAGCGAGUGGUUCAGCACUUUGUCCACUGCAUUGAGACCCACGGUCGCAACGUUCAGUACCUCAAGUUCUUGCAGACUAUUGUCAAAGCAGAGAACAAGUUCAUCAAAAAGUGUCAAGACAUUGUCAUGGCCGAGCUGGUGAAUGCUGGAGAAGAUGUUCUGGUUUUCUACAACGAUCGGGCCUCCUUUCAAACUCUGGUGCAGAUGAUGCGAUCGGAGCGGGACCGCAUGGAUGAAAACAGUCCGCUUAUGUACCACAUACACUUGGUUGAGCUUUUGGCGGUUUGCACUGAAGGCAAAAAUGUCUACACAGAGAUAAAGUGCAACUCCCUUUUACCACUGGACGACAUAGUGCGAGUGGUGACCCAUGAAGACUGCAUCCCUGAGGUGAAGAUCGCCUAUAUCAACUUUCUUAACCACUGCUAUGUGGACACUGAGGUUGAGAUGAAGGAGAUCUACACCUCAAACCACAUGUGGAAGCUCUUUGAUAACUUCCUAGUUGACAUCUGCAGAGUGUGUAACAAUAUAAGUGACCGCAAGCAUGCAGACACCAUUCUGGAGUGCUAUGUUACUGAGACGGUCAUGGGCAUAGUAACCACCUUCUUCAGCUCACCCUUCUCUGACCAGAGCACGAGCCUGCAGGCUCCUCUGCUGAAGAAAAUAUUUCAGACCAGGCAGCCUGUCUUUGUUCAGCUGCUGCAGGGUGUGUUCAGGGUCUAUCACUGCCAGUGGAUGACCCCAGUCCAGAAGGGCUCUGUUGAGAGCUGUAUCAAAGUGCUAUCCGAUGUUGCCAAAAGUAGAGCAAUUGCCAUCCCUGUGGAUCUGGACAACCAGGUAAACAACCUGUUUGUCAAAUCCAAUAGCAUAGUGCAGAAGACAGCCAUGAGCUGGAGACUCACAGUUCGCAAUGCGGCCCGAAGAGAGUCUGUGGUGACUGCUUCACGGGACUACAGGAACAUCAUUGAGAGGCUGCAGGACAUUGUGUCAGCUCUUGAGGACCGACUGCGUCCACUGGUCCAGGCUGAGCUGUCAGUCCUGGUGGACGUGCUGCAUCGGCCCGAGCUGCUCUUUCCUGAAAAUACUGAUUCACGCAAGAAGUGUGAGAGUGGAGGCUUUAUCUGCAAGUUGAUCAAACAUACCAAGCAGCUGCUGGAGGAAAAUGAGGAGAGGCUAUGCAUUAAAGUUCUGCAAACACUUCGCGAGAUGAUGACGAAGGACAGAGGUUAUGGCGAGAAGCUCAGGGCCUUUGAUGAGAUGGAUUUGCCUAAGCAGCUGGAUCAUAACCAGUCCGAGAAACUGUUGGCAGACCAGAAAAGGGGCGAGGUGCUGAGGCAGAUUCUGGUGAACCGUUACUAUGGCAACUUCCAUCGGAGUGGUGGGCGUAGGGACAGUCUUACGUCAUUUGGCAAUGGCUCCCUCAGUCCGGUAGGACCGGGCAAAAACCAAUCAGGGUUAGGGGGACCUGGUGGCCUGAGUCGGGGGGAAAUGAGCCUGGCAGAGGUGCAGUGUCACCUGGACAAAGAAGGAGCUUCUGACCUGGUUAUUGACCUCAUCAUGAACACCACUAGCGACAGAGUCUUUCAAGAAAGCAUCCUCCUGGCUAUUGCUCUACUGGAAGGUGGAAACACCACCAUCCAGCAUUCAUUCUUCUGCCGACUGACUGACGACAAGAACUCCGAAAAGUUCUUUCGGGUCUUUUAUGACCGUAUGAAGUCGGCCCAGCUUGAGAUCAAAGCCACUGUAACAGUGAACACAAGCGAUCUUGGAAACCGGAAGAGAGACGAAGACAGCCAGGACAAAGAUGUACCAGUGCGCAAAAAAGCAAGGGAGUCCGCCGUGGUUAUGACGGAGGACGUAAAAGAGCAGCUUUUAGAGGCCUCCUCUGCCACCAAGAAGGCAUUUAACUCUUAUCGGCGUGAAGCUGACCCAGAAGACCACUAUCCCUCAGCAGAUGGCCAUCCGAGCACAGGCGACAAAAACCAGGAUGAUGGAGAGAUGAGUUUUGUGAUUGUUAUCAUGCAGCCUAUUCUUCGCUUCCUCCAGCUUCUUUGUGAGAAUCACAACCGUGACCUGCAGAAUUUUCUGCGUUGUCAAAACAAAAAGAGCAACUACAACCUUGUGUGUGAGACCCUGCAGUUCUUAGACUGUAUCUGUGGUAGCACCACAGGAGGUCUUGGUCUGCUGGGAUUGUACAUCAAUGAGAAGAAUGUUGCCCUCAUCAACCAAACCUUGGAGAGUCUAACAGAGUACUGCCAAGGCCCCUGCCAUGAAAACCAGAAUUGCAUUGCCACCCAUGAGUCCAACGGAAUUGAUAUCAUUAUUGCCCUGAUUCUUAAUGAUAUAAACCCACUUGGGAAGAAACGGAUGGAUCUGGUGUUAGAGCUUAAGAACAAUGCAUCCAAGCUGCUGCUUGCCAUCAUGGAGAGCCGGCACGAUAGUGAGAAUGCUGAGAGGAUCCUGUACAAUAUGAAGCCCAAAGAGCUGGUGGAGGUGAUAAAGAAGGCCUAUCUUCAGGGAGAGGUAGAGUUUGAAGACACAAGGGAGGAGGAGGACAAUGGAGACGAAGAGGAACAUGAUGCUGCUUCCCCCCGAAACGUCGGACACAAUAUCUAUAUUUUAGCUCACCAGUUGGCGCGUCAUAAUAAAGAGCUGUCCAUCAUGCUGAAGCCAGGAGGGGCCAGUGGAGCGGGAGACGAGGCCUUGGAGUUCUAUGCCAAACACACCGCGCAGAUAGAGAUUGUACGUCAGGACCGCACCAUGGAGGAGAUAGUAUUCCCUGUACCCAACAUCUGUGAGUUCCUGACCUCAGAGUCAAAGCUGCGGGUGUACUACACCACAGAGAGAGACGAGCAGGGCAGCAAGAUCAACGACUUCUUCCUCCGUGCAGAGGACCUUUUUAAUGAGAUGAACUGGCAGAAGAAGCUCCGAGCCCAGCCGGUUCUUUACUGGUGCUCCAGAAACAUGUCAGUGUGGAGCAACAUCUCCUUUAAACUGGCUUUACUGAUGAAUCUGCUGGUCUGCUUCUUCUACCCUCUGGAGGGGGUGCAUGGAGGAAUGCUGGAUCCCCAUCUAUCUGCGCUGCUGUGGAUGGGAGUCUUUGCAACACUGGUCAUCGUUGUCAUCAUGCCCCAACCGCUGGGCAUUCAUGCCCUGGUCACUGUCUCAAUUCUUCGCCUCAUCUUCUCGGUGGGCCUGGAGCCCACGCUUUUCCUUCUGGGUGCUUUCAAUGUUUGUAACAAAAUCAUCUUCCUGAUAAGCUUCGUUGGAAACCGAGGAACCUUUACACGAGGCUAUAAAGCCAUGGUGAUGGAUUUUGAGUUCCUCUAUCACCUAAUCUACCUCAUUUUCUGCUGUCUGGGGGUGUUUGGCCAUGUCUUUUUCUACAGUCUAUUGCUGUUUGACCUGGUAUACCGAGAGGAAACCUUGCUGAAUGUAAUCAAGAGUGUGACUCGUAAUGGACGCUCCAUCGUGCUGACGGCGGUGCUCGCCCUCAUUUUGGUCUACCUGUUCUCUAUUGUGGGAUACAUCUUCUUUAAAGAUGACUUCAUCUUGGAGGUGGAUCGUAUCCCCAACGCAACCCAGAAGAGUGGAACCAGUCUGGCUGGGGAGUUUCUCUCCGCAGGAAUGUGUCAAGGAGGUAUUGGUGAGAACUGCAGCAGUGAUGCUCUCCAGGAAGAUUCUGGGAGUGAAGAUGAGGAGGACAGUGACAUGGAACGGACCUGCGACUCUCUGCUGAUGUGUAUUGUUACGGUGCUGAGUCACGGCCUGAGGAGUGGAGGAGGCGUGGGGGACGUGCUCCGUAAGCCUUCUAAGGAGGAGCCACUGUUUGCAGCCAGAGUGAUAUAUGACCUGCUGUUUUUCUUCAUGGUCAUCAUCAUUGUCCUUAACCUAAUCUUUGGUGUAAUCAUUGACACCUUUGCUGAUCUGAGGAGUGAAAAACAAAAGAAAGAAGAAGUUCUGAAGACUACUUGCUUCAUUUGCGGUCUGGAGCGUGACAAGUUUGACAACAAGACGGUGACUUUUGAAGAGCACAUCAAAGAGGAGCACAAUAUGUGGCACUACCUGUUCUUCAUUGUGCUUGUAAAAGUUAAAGAUUCCACAGAGUACACAGGCCCUGAGAGUUAUGUGGCUGAGAUGAUCAAGGAGCACAACCUGGACUGGUUUCCUCGGAUGCGUGCCAUUUCCCUGGUGAGCAGCGAUGCAGAGGGGGAGCAGAAUGAAAUCAGGAACCUGCAGGAGAAGCUGGAGUCAACCAUGAGGCUGGUGUCCAACCUAUCUGGACAGCUGACUGAGCUCAAGGAGCAGAUGACAGAGCAGAGGAAGCAGAAACAACGAAUCGGACUUCUGGGUCAUCCCCCGCACCUGAACAUCAAUCCUCAGCAGCCUGCCUGA